UAACACAUUGAGAUUAAAACAAAGAAUAGUCGAAUGGAGUUGGACCGGUUGACCAUUUGCUCUCCUUAAAUCCAUCAUCUACACACACAUCAAUUCUUAAAGAAAAGUACUUAUCAUUUUGAGAUACUUUUCUAACAUGGAGAGCUUCUUCAUCCUCCGUUGCUUCUUGUUAUUCUUCUUCUUCUUCUUCUUCAAUGGAUCAUUUGCUGCUGGAGGCAAGUUAUGGAGUAUAAGGGAGAUGUCGGAGAUGGCUGGUUAUGGGGAACACAAACUCUCCUCUGUAGUUAUAACCGGUUCUGUUCUUUGCAACACCCCUGUUUCAGGUGCAACUGUUGCUAUUAAGUGUCACACUGAAUUCAAAAAGAGAUCAAAAUGGGUAAAAGGUGUUACUGAUGACUUUGGAGAAUUUGUCAUCCAUCUUCCUUCUCAUCUACACGCAAUUCCGCAACUCGAAAAGGCUUGUUUCGUCAAACCAAUACAUGUGCCGAAGCACUAUCGCAGAUGUUAUCACACUUUCUACAAAUCCAACACACACAAAGGCAUCAAACUCCUUUCCUCAAGAAAUGGCUUCCGUGUGUACUCCUCAGGGACGAUCAGGCUACAUGGACACAGUUCAAGAACAUCAUCCCAACCUCGUAAAACCUACAUGUAAACACAAGUUUUAAUAAAAAAAAAACUAAAAAAAUCAAACAGAUACUUCAUCUUGUGUAUUUUGUGGUCCUCACUUGUUUAGGUUGGCGCUUCAGUCACAGAACCAAGUUGAGUCUCUUUACAUUGUUUAUCAGUUUCACACAGUGUAAUUGCAUCUCAUUCUUUUGCA